AAACGAUCGGGAUCUAGUGUCAUUUUAUUCUGAACACAGCAUAACAAUCAUGGCGGAUGAAAUAAAGCGGAAAGAUGCUCAGAUGAGGGCCACCAUUAAUCAGAAGUUGGUGGAGACAGGAGAACGUGAUCGAUUAAAAGAAUUGUUGAGAACCAGACUGAUAGAAUGUGGUUGGCGAGAUCAACUUAAGCAACACUGUAAAGAGGUAGUUAAACAGAAAGGCUUGGAACAUAUAACAGUGGAUGAUCUAGUUGCAGAGAUUACACCAAAAGGAAGAGCUCUGGUCCCUGACAAUGUUAAAAAGGAAUUGUUACAGAGAAUCAGGACAUUUUUAGCACAGCAGCCUGACAUUUGACCCUGAAUCCUACAGUCUAAUGUACAGCCGUCCUUAGGGUGCAACAUUGACAGUGAUGUCACCAUCACGUUUGAAAUUUAUUAGAUGACACAGAUUUCUAGUAGCUUAUAGCAAUGUGCUGAGUGUUCAUAAUAAUGCAAUUUCUUAUCUGUUGUUCAUAUUAUGUUAUUUCUAUUUUCUAUCUCAUCCAUUUUGCCAGACAAAUUUUAUUUAAAAAAAUGAAAGAAAAAAAGAACAAAAAAAAAACCCACUGCUAUACUCAAGGGUCUAAAGGUACUGAUCAAAUAAGCGAUUUUAUAUUCACAUAAUCAUGCUACUAUUUCAAAGAAGUGAAUAAAUAAAUUAAUUGUUACAAACACAAAUUAUACUGAAAGCAAUAAUGUACUUAGAAAACAUUAUACAUUUGUAUAUAUAUGUGUAUUAUAUGCAUAUUACCUCAUAUACAUGUAAACAGAUAGAUUCAGUAUUAAUAAAAAUGAUAACUGUCA